CUGCUCUGCGGUAGAGUUGCCGGAUGCCACAGCACAGUUUUUUUUAAACUAUAUGAACGCCUUUAUUAAGCCGAUUGCUAGUUACAUUUCACUUUGCAAAUCGGCCAUCAAGAUGCAAAUACAACUGAAAUCUGUUACAUUGGAUCUCGUAAUUAAGGUCUGACGGCUUCACCCACCUGUCACCCUGGCAGCGCAGGAGGCCAAGAGUGGGGAGGAGCUAAGCACUGGCAGCAUGGUGCCUGCCGUAGGGAACAGCUCUGUGCCCAGUCCUCAAAGCGAAGCAGUGACCAGUGAGAUGCAGGAGCUUUCCCUGCAGUCUUUACCGAGUCUACUGCCUCUGAAUGAGAGGAAGAAUGUUCUUCAGCUCAAACUACAACAGAGAAGGACACGAGAGGAGCUGGUCAGCCAAGGAAUCAUGCCCCCACUAAAGAGUCCGGCUGCCUUUCACGAGCAAAGGAGAAGUCUGGAGAGAGCACGCACGGAGGAUUACCUGAAAAGGAAGAUCAGGAGUCGGCCAGAGAGGUCUGAACUGGUGAGGAUGCAUAUUUUAGAAGAGACUUCAGCCGAGCCCUCACUGCAGGCCAAGCAGAUGAAGCUGAAGAGAGCUCGAUUGGCUGAUGACCUCAACGAUAAAAUCUCCCACCGUCCUGGACCCAUCGAGCUUAUCCACAAGAACAUUUUGCCUGUGCACACACUCAUUGGUACAGAGUCUCCGAAGGGUGAGAGCUCCUCAUUGGAUGAGGACAGUAGUGAUGCCCUGUCACCAGAUCCACAGGGUAGUCAGGACUCUCCUUUGGGCCUUGCCCCGCAACACUCCCCCUCUGAUUUGCUGAAUAUGAAUGGACACCCCUCGCCCACUCAGUUCCUCAGUCAGGCCCCACCUCCUCUGCUCCGUGCAUCUGACCGCUCUCCACCACAGACUCUAGCCAAUGAAACCACUAUGGUGAACUCUUCCCGUCCACCUACAGGACAGACAAAGCAGCAGUCCAAAUCCGGCACAGAUCGGACUUCUCAGCGACUCAAGAAACCCAAAGAUAACAAGCCCAAAGUGAAGAAACUUAAAUAUCACCAGUAUAUCCCCCCUGACCAGAAGAACGACCGUGAACCUCCUCCCCAGCUGGACUCCUCGUACGCCAAGAUCCUCCAUCAACAGCAGCUUUUCCUUCAGCUUCAGAUCAUCAACCAGCAACAGCAGCACUACAACUACCACACUAUCCUACCUGCUCCUCCCAAAUUUCCUACUGAAAAGCAGCAACCAUCCGCCAAUUCUGGUCCCUUGUCAUCCGAGACAAAAUCCACCUGCUCUACAGCUUCCUCCAAUAAGAAUGGGCUUACUCGUCAGAGCCAGCCUACAGUGGGAGGAGCUAAGCCAAACACUUUGCCUGCAAACCUGGAGGAAUUCAAAGUUGCUGAGCUUAAACAUGAGCUCAAACUGAGGGGUCUGACAGUAUCAGGCACUAAGAACGAUCUCAUCGAACGACUAAAAAACUACCAGGAACAGAACUGCGGUUCCUCAGCAUCAGCAGCUGGAGCUGUGAGAACUGUAUCUGCUCAGUUACAGCAGGUGUCAGCUCAGACAUCUGGUGCCUUCCCACAUGAAAGGAAAGAUGCGACUGUUAAAAUGUCCGCCUUUCCCAUGGCAGCUUCCACCAGGGUCCACACCACAACUCCACCUCAAAUCAUGCGCUUCAGCAGCACUAGCUCCUCUCCUCCUGUAUCUCCUACCCCCUCUGAUCGUUCUUUGGCUGGAUUGAGUCCAGAUGAGGCCAGCUGCAAUGGGGAUGUGUUUGGAGAAAUGGUUAGCUCACCUCUCACCCAGCUUACCCUGCACCCCUCUCCAGAUCAUCCCUCCUCAAUUAAAGAGGAGCCUCUUGGGCAGAUGCAGGCCUCUUGUAGCUUUUCUCGCCCAGGUCCACUGUCAGCUGCGCAGCCUCAAGAUCCAGGUUUGGUGAGAACAGCAGGAUCAGCAGUGCCUCCUCUGAACAAAGACCAAAUGCUUCAGGAGAAAGACAAGCAAAUAGAGGAGCUGACACGUAUGCUCAAGCAGAAGCAGAGGCUGGUGGAGACCCUGCGCUCUCAGCUGGAGCAGGGUAAGCAUGGAGCAGCCACAGAUGGCAUGGACAAGACCGCAACCUCUGAAAUACCAUCCCUCCCCAACGGAUUGGAGGUGAGGGUAAAGGAAGAGAUCAAGGAGGAAAUGGACACAUCAGAGUACUUGCAGAAGCAGGUCCAGCCUCUGAAAAAGAUGCAGACACCGUGUUCACAGCAGACACUGCUCAAGUUGCAGAAGAUUCACCGUCUACAGCAGCAACAGCAACAACUGCAGCAUCAGCAAAUGCUGGUGGACCUACCAAACAUACAACAACAGAAGACACAGUUACUGCAACAGCAUAAUCAGCAACAGCAAAUGCUAGUGGACCCAACAAAACUUCAACAAGAGCAAGGGAAGAUACAGGUAUUGCAAAAACAGCAGCAGAAAACACAGCUACUGCAACAGCAGCAGAAGACACAGUUACUACAACAACAGCAGCUGCAGAAGAAUCAGUUACAGCAGCAGCAGGAUCAGUUACAGCAGCAGCAAAAGACACAGUUGCUGCAACAGCAGCAGAAGACACAGUUACUACAACAACAGCAGCUGCAGAAGAAUCAGUUACAGCAGCAGCAGGAUCAGUUACAGCAGCAGCAGAAGACACAGUUGCUGCAACAACAAAAGCUGCAGCAGCUCAUCAUCCAGCAGAGUCAGCAAAAGCAACUAAAAACCAAUCAGAAGCAGCAGCAGAAAUCACAAAAUCAGCCACAGCAGCAGUCACAGACACCGCAGAUUUCACAAGUGUUCGUCAACCAACAGUCUGGUACUCAAAUUACCACAUCUAUUCCACUGGAUCUCCUGAAGGCUCACACCACACCCACACUGGUCACUGAUAGCAACGGUAACCGUUAUCUGAUUGCAGUAACCAGUAACAGUGUGGAUAGCCUGUCAGGAAAGUCUACUCAGAACAAAUCCAAUGGACGCAUUACUCUUCAGAGAUUACAAUCUACCCCUACCAAGCUCCCUAGCCAAUCAUCUACUGAAAUAGCUGGUUCUGCCAACCAAUCACAAGCUGUCAGAGAGCCCAUCACCAAAGUGCAGAAAUCAGGGCUCCACUUGAACACCACAACAGUUCAAGAGUCUAACCCACCAGUAUCUUCCCCACCCAGCUUUGAGCCCUUCUUCUUUGAGGAAUCUAACCCACUAAGCAAACCCUCCUCACCCCCUUCAUUUAAGGAGGAGGUUUGCCCAACCUUUGAUCGGCACACUUUGUUCACACCUUCCUCCCCAAAGCUGAACCCUCACCCCCCUAAAAAUUUAAAAGAAAAUCUCUCUAACAACCAGCAAAUAGAUGACCUGUUUGAAAUCCUAAUCAAGAGUGGAGAAAUUUCAUCAGGAUUCAAAGCUAAUCAGGACCCCUCCCUGUCAGACCUCCAUUCCAGCCCUCCCACCUCCUCCCCAAAUUCUUCUCCGCUGCACCUCUCACCAUCAACACAUCAUGUUGACCCUUCCCCUUCCCAUCAGCUCCCAGACACACAGGACAGUCCCUGCUCGGAAACUGGCCGCCUUGAGGACUUCCUGGAAAGCACCACUGGGACACCUCUUCUCGGCGCGGAGCCAGAUGGUCCAUUGACUUUGAUUGAUGACCUCCACAACCAAAUGCUGAGCACUUCCAGUAUUCUGGACCAUCCCCCAUCGCCAAUGGACACCAGUGACCUGAGCUUCUCGCCCCACCCAACCAGCCUAGACUUUGAAGACCCCACCCUGGAUGGCAUGGAUUGGUUGGACAUACCUGUGGGAGGAGGGAGCAAUAAUUGUAAUGGUGGGGGAAUGGUUCUAGCCCCUCUGAGUUCACACACCCCACCCAGUGUAUUCUCUGCAGACUUUUUGGACAGUUCAGAUCUUCAGCUCCAUUGGGACUCCUGUUUGUAGCAUUUGGUCUUAAUUGCUUAACAACACACAAUUUAGCACCUUCAACCUUACUGUGUUUAGGCUGUACACAAAAAAACUUCAGACACACAUGCUGUUUCGUAAAAUGCAAAGCUUUAUUUUUCUUUAUAUUCCACAAGAUUGCCGGAUGGUAUUUAAACAGAUCCUGCAUCUGAUUGGUCAUCUUAAGCACUGAAUUUUAAGCUCUCAUGUACUUAAUCAUACAUGUACAA